AAGGCUUCCUUUAUGUAGCUUUGCUACCCCUAUACAUUCUCACACCCACCCACCUCUUAGUUUUUGUUCAAAAAGUCAUAGUUGCUCUGUUGUUGAUUAGCAACAAAAACAUGUCUCUCUCUCAUCAUCUGAAACUCACAGUUACUCUUUUUGGGCUGUGUUUGGCAAGUGUUGCCAUAGCCGAUCUUCAGAGGUUCGAACACCCCACGAAAGCCGAUGGAUCGCUGAGUGUUAUGGUGAUAGGAGACUGGGGAAGAAGAGGAACUCACAACCAAUCUGAAAUUGCCCUUCAGAUGGGAAAAACAGCAGAGAAGUUGGACACAGAUUUUAUAAUUUCAACAGGUGAUAACUUUUACGAAGAUGGAUUGACAGAUGUACAUGAUGCAGCAUUUGAUGAGUCAUUUACCAAUAUUUACACUGCCCCAAGCUUGCAAAAACAGUGGUACGCAGUGUUGGGCAACCAUGACUAUAGGGGUAAUGCUUUGGCACAACUGAGUCCUGUCCUUACAAAGAGGGAUAGCAGAUGGCUUUGCAUGAGAUCUUUUAUUAUCAAUGCAGAAAUUGUAGAAUUUUUCUUCGUGGAUACAACUCCAUUCCGAGAUAAAUACUUUCAAGAAGACCAUACUUAUGACUGGCGGGGUGUGCUUCCCCGGAAGGAUUAUCUCUCAAAUCUCUUGACGGAUGUGGAUUCAGCAUUAAGGGAAUCAAUUGCCACGUGGAAAAUAGUGGUUGGGCACCAUACUAUGAGAAGUGCUGGAAUUCAUGGAGACACCAUUGAGCUUGUUGCCAAACUUCUCCCAAUACUUCAGGCUAACAAUGUUGAUCUUUACAUAAAUGGGCAUGACCAUUGCUUGGAACACAUCAGUAGUCCUGACAGUCCACUUCAGUUUCUGACAAGCGGUGGCGGAUCAAAGGCAUGGAGGGGCAGUGUUAAAGGGUGGAAUCCAAAGGAAAUGAAGUUUUAUUACGAUGGACAAGGCUUUAUGACAUUGCAAAUUACUCAAAACGAAGUUGGUGUCCAGUUCUAUGAUAUUGUUGGCAAUGUUUUGCACAAAUGGAGUGUGACAAAGUCGGUUUACGCAUCUAUUUAGAGAGCUUAAUUUACAUGGAGGGCCUCUUUCGUGGCAGUUCAUCGCGAUGAUUUUAGUCAUAUAUGUUGUCAAAUAUGAAGAUUAGUAAUGGGGAAUAUGUAACCGAAUCAUAUUAUUAUUUUUAA